AUGAACAACAACAACAAUCCACCCAAUAAUACAGCGGCGCCACCGUCGUUUUUGAGCAAUUCAUCAAUUCCUGUAAACCCACAACCAAUUCAUCUUCUCUCUCAUUCUCAGCCCCAAAUGCAAGGUGCUUCAUCUUCUCCCUUCCCCGGUCAUUUUCAGCUAUCACAACCUCAAAACCACGUAAUGGCACAACAGCAACAACAACAACAACCGCAAUUUGCAAACCCUCGCGCUCACCCUCAAACCCAACAACAACAACAACAAUAUCAACAGCAACAACAGUAUCAACCACAAAAGCCUUUUAACCAAAUGAAUAAUAACACCAACACUAAUGUGACUUCUCCUGCACCUGCUGCGAAGCGUUCGCAUCAUAAGCAGAGUUCGCGCCCACAAGGUUCGCCGAGUGGUAAUCAAACCUCUGCCUUUAAAACUAUGGAGUUAACUCCUGCUCCUAUGAGGAAAAAGAGGAAUUUACCUGAUAAUUUGAUACCUGAAAAGGUGGCUAAGCUUGUUCCUGAGUCUGCUCUUUAUACUCGGCUACUUGAACUCGAGGCUCAGAUAGAUGCGGCUUUGAAUAGGAAAAAGAUUGAUGUGCAGGAGGCUGUUAAAACUCCUCUUUCGUUUAGGAAAACUCUUCGCGUUUAUGUGUAUAAUACGUUUUCGAAUCAGACCAAAUUGGAUGGUGAUGUUGAGGACCCGUCUUGGUCGCUCAGGAUAACUGGGAGGAUAUUGGAAGAAGACGGUAAGGAUCCUGUGGUGGCAGGGAUUUCGAAAAGGGAAAAGCAUUUGUACCCGAAGUUUUCGGCUUUCUUUAAGAAAGUUACGGUGUACUUGGAUCAGGGGUUCUACCCGGAUAGUCAUGUCAUUGUAUGGGAUAGUGCUCGCUCGUCUGCACAACAGGAUGGUUUUGAGGUGAAGAGAAAAGGAGACAAAGAGUUCACUGCGGUUAUUAGGUUAAGAGUGAAUUACUCGCCCGAGAAGUUUAUGGUUUCGGCACCGUUGUCUAAAGUUUUAGGGAUUGAGUUUGAUACCCGCCCUAGGAUAAUGGCUGCUCUUUGGAACUAUGUGAAGUUCAGGAAACUGCAGAGUCCAAAUGACCCUUCAUUUUUCAUGUGUGAUGCUUCUCUCCAGAAAGUGUUUGGGGAAGAAAAAAUGAAAUUCUCCAUGGCUUCACAGAAGAUAUCACAGCAUUUGUCACAACCACAGCCUAUACACCUGGAGCAUAAAAUCAAACUUUCUGGAAACUGUCCAGCCGGAACUGCAUGUUAUGAUGUGCAAGUUGAUGUGCCUCUUCCACUAGAGAAAGAUAUGUCUGCAUUCUUAACAAGUAUGGAGAAGCACAAAGAGAUUGAUGCUUUUGAUGAAGUGAUAUGCGCUUCCGUAAAGAAGAUCCAUGAUCAUCUUAAGAGACGAGCUUUCCUUCUUGGUUUUAGUCAGUCUCCUGGAGAGUUUAUUAACGCAUUGAUAGCUUCUCAGAGCAAGGAUCUAAAGCUGGUUGCUGGAGAUGCCAGUCAUAAUGCCGAAAAUGAACAACGUUCUGAAUUCUACAAUCAACCAUGGGUUGAGGAUGCUGUGAUUCGCUAUCUGAACCGGAAAAUUGCUCGAACUGAUGCUCCUUAA